AUGACGAAUGAAGUUGGACCGAGUGUGGAUGGAGUUGAAAGUGAAAAGAAAUUGUCGAAGAAAGAACUGAACAAAUUGGCAAAGCAACAAAAAAAAAUGGAGAAAAAGGCUGAGAAUGCAGUUGCACUUGUUAAAGAGAACGAGAAAGAAGAGGACGAAGAUAUCUCGAAAGGUUGUUAUGGCGCCUAUGGAAUUAUACAGUCUAUUGAGUUAAGGAAACUGGAUUUCAUUGAUGUUAAAGAUGUCUUCGUGAAUUUAGAAGGACAUGAGAUUUGGAUUCGAGGCCGUUUGCAUACGUCGAGGAUAAAGGGAAAAACGUGCUUCAUUAUUAUUCGUCAGCGAAUGCAUUCGAUACAGGGAAUGUUGUCUGUUGGAAAAGAGAUUAGCAAGCAAAUGUUGAAAUUUGUUGGGAAUAUUUCAAAAGAAUCAAUUAUUGAUGUAAGAGGUGUUGUAAAAAAAGUGGAACAAGAAAUCACCAGCUGUACACAGAAAAAGGUCGAAGUGCAUAUCACGCAACUGUUCGUUGUUAGCACAGCAGAACCACGCUUACCACUUCAAAUAGAAGAUGCUGCUCGAAUUAAAGAGGAAGGCAAAAGCACAGAAGAUUCAUGUUUAUCUGUUGUAAAUCUCGAUACACGUCUAGAUAAUAGAGUACUGGAUCUCCGUACGCAGACAAGUCAUGCUAUUUUCUCUAUACAAGAUGGUGUUUGUGAGCUGUUCCGAAACACUUUAAAGAAGCGCGGUUUCAUGGAAAUACAUACACCAAAAAUCAUAUCUGCAGCGAGCGAAGGAGGCGCAAAUGUCUUUGAGGUUUCAUAUUUUAAACGUUCUGCUUACCUUGCUCAGUCACCGCAGUUAUAUAAACAAAUGGCAAUUGCUGCAGAUUUUGACAAAGUCUUCACUAUUGGUGCUGUUUUUCGUGCAGAAGACAGCAACACUCAUCGGCAUUUAACAGAAUUUGUUGGCCUUGAUAUUGAAAUGGCGUUUAAAUUCCACUACCAUGAGGUUCUUGAAACCAUUGGUGCUGUUUUGAUUGAUAUAUUCAAAGAUUUGCAAGCGAAAUUCAAGCAUGAAAUUGAGAUAGUUGACAAGCAGUAUCCCUGUGAACCAUUCGAAUUCGUUGAGCCUGCCCUUAUACUCAGAUAUCCGGAUGCAGUCAAAUUGUUGCGAGAAAAUGGUGUUGAAAUAGGAGAUGAAGAUGAUUUAAGUACUCCGGUAGAAAAAUUUUUAGGUAGAUUGGUAAAAGAAAAAUAUCGGACGGAUUUUUAUAUACUCGACAGAUACCCACUGGCAGUUCGUCCAUUUUACACUAUGCCAGAUGCGAACGAUCCGAAAUACUCCAACAGCUACGACAUGUUUAUGCGAGGCGAAGAAAUAUUAUCUGGUGCUCAGCGAAUCCAUGAUGCAUCGUUGUUAACUGAAAGAGCUAAACAUCACCAAAUUGAUUUGGAAAAGAUUCGAGCUUAUAUCGACUCAUUCAAAUUUGGCUGUCCGCCACAUGCUGGAGGUGGUAUUGGAUUAGAACGUGUAACGAUGCUGUUCCUCGGACUUGGAAACGUGCGUCUGGCAUCCCUCUUCCCACGUGACCCGAGAAGAUUAACACCAUAA